GAACGAUCUUCGGCCAAAAUAGCCCAGUACAAACUGACCAGUACGGUCAUGCUGUGGCUUCAAACACAACGUGAUCAAGCUGGCUAUUUUAACCUGGGCGGUAGCCUAACACGAUUCAUCGAACGUGACGGACCAUUGGGUGAAGCUGGUGUGCCAAUCACCACCUCGCAUAUUGCCAACAUUGGUCGAAUGGUUGAGGUUACUGGUCUCGUCAUUUCGGUCUAUCCGAACCCUGGUGUUUUUUAA